AUGUAUUGUGGACAUCUGUAUCCCAGUUACAUGUUCUUUUUUCAAAUGUCAGCAGUGAUUGAUAUCGCCUCGCAUUGGCUUCAUUUUCACGCAUUUCUAUUCGGAAUGUGUUUUGGCAACGAAGCAUUCUAUGGCUUGAUGUACGUGAACCAUUUCUGGCCUGGUCCAGGCAUUCAUGGCUUUCAUUUCAUUGCACUCCUGGCAGCACUAAUGUUCCCAGUCGCAGUUUUGAAAGCAAUCAUCAGCCUAGUGCAUUUGUGCACCGCUGCACAGUCUCUCGUUGCAAAAGAUCGAGAAUCGAUUAAGCGCGCCGAAUGA